CAAUAUGCUGUAGGCUGGCUGCAACUAGAAUUUACCAGAUCCACCAGUUCAGUUCAGCACUUUCUCCCUUCGUCGCAUAAAUACUACGCAGCAAAGGGUAUUUAAGUGAAUUCAAUAUAGUAAAAGUAGUAGUCGCUUCACCAAGUUUCUGCAAAAAUUGCCCACCCUACCUACAUUUAACAAAUAAAGAAUUGUGAAAAUGGAACAGUCUUUUGUUACUGUUUAUAUUGUUGAUGCAUUUACCAAUGAACUAUUUUCUGGUAAUCCGGCCGCCGUUUGUUGUUUGGAGAAUGAUCUCCCAGAAAACUUGAAGAGGAAAAUUGCUGCUGAGAUGAAUCUAUCUGAAACUGCUUUUGUCACCAUAGAAAAUGGUGAAACAUUUGAAAAAAGCUCAAAAUUUGCCUUACGAUGGUUUACACCAACACAUGAAGUGGAUUUGUGUGGACAUGCUACACUUGCAACAGCUGCUAUAAUUUUUCACAAACUUGGGAACAAAGAAAAAGCCAUUGAAUUCAAUACCCUUAGUGGAAUCUUAAAAGCCAUCCAGGAAAAUGAUUCCUCUAUUACUUUAGACUUCCCUCUGAAUCCUUCUUCUCCAUAUGAAGCACAAAAUCUGAAGGAUAUCAUACGCGUCGUAGCAAACAAUUUUGAAAUUCAAGACGUUCAACAUUGUUCCACAACAAAAAAAUUACUUUUGCGUCUGGCUGAUAAAUAUAAAAGGAAGGAUUUGGAAGAUUUAAACCCUUUGACGCAAGAACUACUAACUUGUGAAAGUAGUGGUGUUGUGAAAGGGGUGAUUGUUACAUUGCAAGGCAACGAAAACGAGGGCUAUGAUUUUUACAGUCGCUAUUUUGCCCCUUGGGUUGGUAUUCCAGAAGAUCCAGUUUGCGGAUCUGCUCACACGGUUCUUGCUGCUUACUGGGAAAAAGUCUACAAUAAAGACCAGUUUAGAGCUAGACAAUGCUCGAAACGAGGUGGUGAUUUAAACAUCAAGAUUAUUGGACAACGCGUCAAACUAACAGGCCAAGUGGCCCACGUCCUUGAAGGGAAAAUCCGCAUAAAAUAAAUAUGAGGUUGAAAUUCCCUUUCAUCAGAAGCUUCUAGCCGUUUGAUGGUGAUGGCAUUUACAAGGAUUUUUAACCCUUUGAGUUCUGGAUCCUUUACAUUGCUAAUAUAUCGGACUGGAUCAGAAAUUCUGUAGAAAACACUACAUCCAGCUUCAACAAUAGCUUGAUCUUUUGUGAGAAACUGAAAUUCGCGGAAAUUCGCACAGAGAAGAAAUAAAAUAAUACAAAAAAAAAUAAAAUAAAAGAAUUUUAUAAUUUGUAAACAAAUAGAAAUCUAUUAUACCUGUUUUAGAGGAUGACAUAUGACUUGAGUGCGUAAAUCUAACUUUGCAGAACAAUCAAGCCAAGGAAUUAUAAAUACAUUGCCAGGACCCUUCACCCCUAUUAGUUUUCCCAAACGGUAAAUAACAAUUCUCUCCCAUUGUGGGAGGUUUUUGAAACAAAACCAAACACUUA